UUAUUAAAAAAUAACUAUUGAAACCAAAAUGAUUGAUGUGAAAAAUAAAGUCAAUUCUUUCUUCAUAUUUAAUUCCAGUUUUGGUCCAAAAGAAGGCGAGGAACUUAAAAGAAUAUUAUUCUUUCACCCCAACCAAGUCCCCCCUGAUGCUCGAAAAAUGCAAGUUGGAUUGUGUGAAGCGGUAGUUAAGUUUAUGACGACCUUUUCUUCACAACCAUGUGAAGCACUACAAACACAAACAAAACGAUAUAUUUUCUAUCAGCCAGAGAAAGGAUACUGGAUGGUUCUGGUUGUUAGAAUACCUUAUGCAACUAAAACUGUAACAACAUUAGGAGAAAACAAAGACACAAUAGUAGAACCAUCUGUGAUGUAUGAUUUACUUGUCUCUGCUUACAAGAUAUUUAGGAUGUUUAUAGGUCCUCUUAAAGAUAUACCACCCGAUGAUAUAUAUAAUAAAUGUGAAAAUUUUUUUACACCUUAUAUUAUGUCCAGAAGUGUUCCAAACAAUAUAAGCAAUAUAAUUCAAGGCAUUAACUAUUUGCCAUUGGAAAAAAACUCCUUUUUUAAAGUGAUGUGCUUCAUAGAUUUGCUUGAGAUAAACUAUCCAGAGUUUAAAUGUAUUUCGUUUGUAUAUAAUGAUCAACUGAUAUGGAAUGGCCUUGCCACAAAUGACAUGUUGACACUAUAUCAAUAUUUAGUUCAAACAUUGUUGCCGAAACAAGUUGAAAAAGAGAUACAAGGUGGAGCAGUUACGGCUGCUCAAAGACAUGGGCGUUAUAUUAGUCCUCCAGACGGUAUUCGUACUGAAGAAGACCUGCAAAAAUUGCAUAAGGUAUAUCUGAUGCGCGAAGAUGACACGGAAACUAAACAGUAUUAUCUUGUUAUUUAUAGAACUCUGAGUGCUACAGUAUGCUUCACGGUUGAUGUUGAUACAAGUCUCAAUAUUGAUAAUUUUAGAGCAUUAGAUGCAUUUAUUGGUCCACAACUAUCUACUAUUGCAUCUUCAAUAAGUGAACAGUGUACACUUCAUGCAUUGCAAAAUGCGCAACUAGCCAGCUCGGAACAUAAGUUCUUAUAUUUUAACAGGCUUAACUUAGCAUAUAAAACAUCUACUCCAGUAUCCUCUUUAACUCCUUCUACUACUAUAAAACCCGAAGUAUUAAGUAUAAUUGCUGGCAUACAUUCUGAUAGGAAAAGUCUUGGGAAUUAUGGUGAAGUUAUUAUUAAAACACCAGAUGAAUACUGGAUUGCGGGAAAAUCAUCUAAUGACAGGGAGUUCUAUGUUAUAAUACAAGAUAAAAAUGCAAAUUUAAAGGAUAUUGCAGAUGAAGUAAAAAGAAUGUGUGAAGAUCAAAUGAAAGGUAUAUUCUUUUAUCCGAUGUAAAUUAUUAAAUAAAAUCACACAUUUGAUAUUAUUUGUUUGAAAUAGAUGUAUAAUAAAAUUUGUUGUAUUAAAUUAAAUUAUUAUUAAUAAAAAACCGGUUAUAAAAUGCAACAUAUCUUAUACACUUUUAUUUAAAUAAUAAAUACAAAUCUUAUUUAAAUGUUAUAAGCUUAACAAUAAACAAUUGCUAAUCCGU